UGCCAUUUAAAAAAAAAAGAAACAGUCGGCCACGCUUGCUACAGAAAUCAUUUCACUUUUCGGGGGCCUAUUUUCCCCCUUUACGUUUAGUUCCAAUAUUGCUGUAAUUACCUCAUUACCAGAGCAAAACUUUAAAUCGUAAGUCAAAAUUUGAAAUGGCCGACUUAGACGAUUUCUUCGCGAAAAAAGAUCGCAAAAAGUCAAAGGCAGUGAAAAAGUUCGCUACCACAGAUGAGUUAGCCAAAAAAUUGGACGACACUAAACAGAAAUCAGAUGUGAGGCCGAAGAAGGAGCGGCCGGUACAGGAAGGGGAGGAAGGAGGCCGCGCCGGGGAAGAAGAAGAAUGGAAGGAAUACGAGGAACCGGUGAAGGACUACACCGGGCUGAAGAUUCAGGUGCUUCAGGGCGGCAACGGAGCGCCCGAGUCGGGCCGCGACUCAGCCUCGGAGGACGCGCCCUCUGAAGGUGGCAAGGUCAAAGGACCAUGGAAUAAGCCUCAGGCAGACGCGGAAGCGGCAGCGCCUGCGCCUGUAGAGGAGCCCAAGCCGCGCGAGAGCAAGCCCGCCGCCUACGUGCCGCCCUCCUCGCGCAUGCGGCCUGUCGAGAGCGUGCGCAAGAGUACGAAGCACGCGCCGGACAUCCACAACGACGACUACUUCCCGGUGCUGGGCGCCAGCAGCAAGCGCGGCGCGGGCGGCGGCUGGAGCACGGCGGGGGCCGGAGCCACGCGCGACCACAACAACACGCGCGCCCCCCUCGCGCUCGGGAACCGCUUCACCGAGCUGCAGGACGACAGCUAGCCAGCUCGCACAGGUAACAACACGACAUCGUGAUACGCUGCAGUAAAGUGAAGUGUCUAUAUGGACUUGUAAGCGAAGCCAGGCGCAUAGCAUAUACAAUAUAUUACCUACAAACACACACACAUGCAACAGACAGAACAACGUGCAUUUCCUAUUUAUAUAAGCCCCAUACAGUUCCCUUGAAGCGAAAAUGGCGGCGGCAGACAGUUGCUAUUGACAAACUGUUCCAAAUUUGAAUUGUAUUUACUUCAGUGUUAAUUUUAAGCCAGUCACAUUAGUUAAUCGAUUAUUUCUGUAAUCGAUACUUUAUUUUUAGCGACGUCCGUUUCGUGUGAACUGUAGACAAUAAAUUAAUGCCUAAAGUGCUUUCGUCGUACAUUUUGAUGUUAGAAAACACUCAUAUUAGGGAAUACUUUUUUACAUAUGGCAACUGUCUUAAAAAAAGUGUAAAAGCAAGAAAUGAAUGUGCGAUUUGUUAUUUUUUAUGUUUAUAUUGAUAAAUAAAUAAUAAAAAUGUGUCUCGUAUGCGUGGAAAUGGACAUUAAGGGAAAAAAAAAAACAAUUGGUGGAAUUAUUUAUAUACAGAACCAGAUGAUUUAAGUGUUUAUAAUCAGUAAAACCAAGCGUGGAUUAUAGAUUUUUAUAUUUACUAAACAAAAUUGUUAUAAAAAUAAGUAAUAUUUGGAAAAUAAAGUAAAGUGCUCCGGUUAACAACAUUGUACAUUUUGUUUUGAUAGUGCAAUUAUAAAUUCUGUAAUGGCAAAUCAUUGGAAAUAUCUUGUACCAUAGAAAUAAAUUAUGUAUUUAAAACGAA